AUGGCGGUGAAUGUGGCUGGAGGUGUUGAUAAGGAGGUGCAUUAUCAAGGCGUUCGGAAGAGGCAUUGGGGUAGAUACACCGAGGAGAUCAGAGAUCCGUCGAAAAAAAUAUGUGUUUGGCUAGGUACGUUUUAUACGACUGCGGAGGCAGUAGAAGCAUAUGAUACGGCUGCUAUUAAAUUUCCUGGAAAGAAUGCGAAAACAGAUUUUUUGAUUCCGGUGCCGCCAAUGAAUUCACCUCCAAGUCGAAAGAGUACCGUUGAUUCUCCAAAUGGGGCGAUGGCGGUGAUGCCUGUUGAAUCACCGCCGUGUUCCGCCACUGAAUCAGUGUUGCUUUUUAGAUUGUUUUCAAUGAGAUGA